CCGGGCCCUCACUGCACCUUCCUGCCACUCCGGGUAGCAUCUGGGCCCUCAGCUCUCCCUCCGUCUACUGGUCCCUACAACACCGCUGGCCCCAGGGAUCCCAGCCCAGGAGGACGAAACGCUGAGCCUAGAGACAUGAGAGUCCAUGGAGCAUUCCACCUUCUGCUCGUGUGCCUGAGCCCAGCACUGCUGCCCGCUGUGCGGAUCGGUGGGAAUGCAAAAGAAGUCCUGAACCUGGCAGAAGGUGACAGCGUGAGACUGAACUGCCCCUACAUCCUGGACCCUGAGGACUCUGGUUCUGAUGCGCUGGGCAUUGAGUGGAUGCAGGUCAACCCAGAACCCUCACGUCGGGAGAAAGUGUUCCUUAGUUACGGGGACAAGAGGGCCAACCAUGGCGACCUCCCCGAUCUGCAGCAGAGGGUCCACUUUGCAGCCCCAGAUCCCAGCCAGUACGAUGCCUCUAUCAACCUCUCGAACCUGCAGAUAUCCGACGCAGCUACCUACGAGUGCCGGGUGAAGAAGACCACCGUGGCCACCCGGACGGUCAUCAUCACUGUCGCAGCACGGCCUGUGGGGCCCAAGUGCUGGUUUGAGGGCCACAUGUCAUACGGCCACGACGUGGUGCUGAAGUGCUUCGUCAGUGGGGGCAGCCCGCCUUUCACCUACAAGUGGAACAGGAUCAGGGGGAGCGCCCACCCCUACCGUGCCAGUUCCUACCAGUCCCAGGACACCUUCCAGUCUGAGUUCUCCUACGACGAGUCCUUCAGCUCCAUAAGUCAAGUUUCAGGCAUGAGCCACGGUGAGCUGGUGUUGAUGCAUCUCUCCCACAAGGAUGAUGGGCUGUACCAGUGCACAGUGGCCAACCAUGCAGGCCACAGCGUAUGUGUGGUGGAGGUGAAGGUCUCAGGAGUCGCGCACAUAGGAAUAAUCAUUGGCAUAGUGCUGGGCUGUUUACUCUUGCUGGGCUGCCUGAUGUUGGGCAUCUGGGGGCUCGUCCGCUGCUGCUGCAGGGGGCCCCGCGGUGCCUUCUGCUGCCGUAGCCAGGUCCGCAGAAAUGCCUGCUGCGACUUGCCUAAUGAUAUCAGAGAGGACGACGUGGCGCCCGGGUGCAAGGCCAAAAGGCGCGGCAGCAGCGUUACCCACAUCUUGGGGUACCCGAUGCAGAAGAUCAGGCACUCUCUGAGCCUCAAAUACGCGCCUCCUCACUGCGAAGGCCCCGAGGACUUGGCCCUGGCGUCCAGCGCCGCCGCCGCCGCUCUAGACUGCAAAGCGGACCAGUCCCGGGUCUACGUCAAGGUCCAGAGUGCAGAGCCAGCCGCCUGCGCCGCCGAGGGGCCGCUGCCGUGCAAGGAUGGCCUCCUGGUGUGAGCGCGCGGCGCCCGGCUCCUGCCCGGCCAGGAGGAGGGUGCGGGCUCUUUGCCUGCACCUGGGGACGCGCUCGGGCCGGCGCCGACCUCGCCUGCCUAGGGCCGCCUGGCGGCAGGGGGCCUGGAAGAGUUUCCCUCGGGAGCUGAGUUGGGCGGCUGCGCCUCCUCCCCUAAAGUGGGAGGGGGAGGGGGAGGGAAUAGAGACCAUCUCGGCCCUCUCCGCAUCCCCGCGGCCCUGAAGCUUGGGCAGAGGGAGGGAGGAGGAAGUGUCCGAGAGCGCUGGAGGCCGGAGACCAGGUGUCCCCAGCCAAGGCAGAGAGACCCGGGGGCCGGGUGGGUGGGGAUCUGGACUGAACUGUGCGUGUGAGGCCUGAGCUCCGAGACGGCAGUGUUAGCACAAUAAAGAAAAUGUAAGACUCGA